AUGAACCCCCAGGAGGCGGAGUUAGGCCAGGAACUGAGCGAGGACGUGGAAGCCGACUUGCCCCCUCCUCAACGCCGUCGCCACGACAACAACACUGCCACAAACAGCAGGCGACCCCGGCAGCCUAGCAACCAUAGUAGUGAAAACAACAACCAUGCUGCACCGCGCUACAGGAGGUAUAAUGAGGCCCCUGGUGCAGGUGGCAGCAGAAUCAGAGGAGCCCCACAGCGGAGGUCAACAGAGGAGCCAGAGGCAGAGCUGCACCAGGGAGCCCAGUCUCCUCCCCAGCAGCCCCAGCCUCAGCCCCAGCAGGCCCAGGGUCAGUCUCUGCCCAUCCCGCGACCUGCAGUGACACGUUACCGCAGACAGGAGGACAGUGAGGCCAGGCUCAGAGCACAGCAGCAGAGACACACACAGAGACAGCAGAGAGAGGCUGAGAGGGCCCAGCAACAACAACCACCUCCACCAGGCCCACAGCCUGUUCACUCUCUACCCCCACAACCAGAUGAGCCGGAGGAACAACCACCUCCACCAGGCCCACAGCCUGUUCACUCUCUACUCCCACAACCAGAUGAGCCGGAGGAGGAUGAGGGGGAGAGAGAGGGGGAGAGAGAGGGUGAUGAUUAUGCAUUAGCUCGUUCUGCUAGCACGGAAAGCGGUUUCCACACACACACAGACCGGGCGGAGGGCGACGCCGUCAUGGCACUAGAUCCUGAGGCAGAGGACGACUGCGGUACCUACGAGGUGACGCUUCGCCCAGAGGCAGAGGGAUACACAGAGAGUGCUGAGUCAGAGCAACCCCACCCCAACCUGAACCUCAACUACCCCCCUCUGCCCCCUCCCUUACCCCGGGAACCCCUACCAGAUGUUGGGAGACCCCCAGUCAGGAGGAGGCAGAGGAGACCCUGA